AUGCCAUCCCUCAAAACCAGCAUGGCCGCUGCUUCCUUCUCCUCCAAACCCUACAAAUGGCCUCGCUCCUCUUUCCCUACUUCCCCUUCUCCCAAUUCCUCCGCCGCCGCCGCCGCCGUCCCUCGUCCGUCCCCUUCCUCCGCCGCCGCACCGCCGUCGCUCUGUUCGGCCCAGAUCAGUUGCGGCAGAGCGUGGCGCAGGAUACCACCCUGCGCACACCUCGCUCCUUUUAAUGAUUCCCGGUACCCAAAUUUUAGCUGUAGCAGUAAUAAUAAAAAAGAUAUUUAUUUUAAUAUAACCACCACCAGCAGCAGCAGCAGCAGCGGCAGUUUGUUGUUAUUAGGGCUACCUGGAGGCAGCGGGCGCUCUCCUUUCUCAUCCUCAUCUUCUUCCCUCCGAAAUUGUGGCUUCACGCCGUUUGCGAGCAAGGCCGGAUUCUCCGCUGGAUCCGAUUCUUCCUCCUCGCCGUCGUCGCCUUCCGGGUCCGGUGGUGUGAUCGCGGAAGAUAUGGGAUCCGAUAACAAGGCCGCCGCGGACGGCGUCGAGUGGUACCCUGCUGGCGACGGCGUGAACGGAUUGGACCCUCGGCCUUCUUCUUCUUCGCCGUCGCCCGAUCGUCGGAAGCAAGAGGAAUGCUCGUCGAAAUUUCUCACGUUGCCGACGAUUUUGACCCUCGGCCGCGUUGCCUCUGUGCCGCUUCUCAUCGGCACCUUUUACGUUGACACUUGGUUGGGAAGAACGGCGACAACUAGUAUCUUUCUUGCAGCGGCAGUCACUGAUUGGCUUGAUGGGUACCUUGCACGAAAGAUGAGGUUAGGGUCUGCAUUCGGUGCAUUUUUGGAUCCUGUAGCUGACAAGCUUAUGGUUGCUGCUACCUUGGUCCUCUUGUGUACAAGACCUUUGGAAGUUCCAAUGUUUGGACCAGUGCCCUGGCUACUCACUGUGCCUGCUAUUGCUAUUAUUGGUCGCGAGAUAACAAUGUCAGCAGUCAGAGAAUGGGCUGCUUCGCAAGAUACGAAGCUUCUAGAGGCUGUUGCUGUAAAUAACUUGGGGAAAUGGAAAACUGCUACACAGAUGACUGCGUUAACCAUACUCCUUGCUACCCGAGAUGGAGGGGUUGGAGGCCUUGGGGCAUUUGUAGCUUCUGGUGUUGGGUUGCUUUAUAUUUCAGCAGGUCUCUCAGUAUAUUCUUUAGCUGUGUACAUGAGUAAGAUAUGGAAAGUACUGCUCAAGUAG